ACCAUGCGAACGUAGGUCAAGUAAAGAAACCAAGUGUGAAGUCACGACAGGUGUUCUGGUUAUCGAGUUCUGAUGAAUAUAAUCACAGUUUGAAAAGAAAUGCCGUAUUUUUCAGUAAUUGAAGGUCACAUAUGCUGGUUUUCUUGUGUUCGAAGACUUUAAGACCACUUGCAGUCGGAUUACGUGCUCAUGCAAAUUAUUUCCUGUGAAAUCUUUGUUAAAUAUUUCUCAACAAGACUAGUGUUCGGCACUCGAAAUAGUUCUCUACUUCCCUUAAGAAAAAUUACUGGCGGGAUCAAUCCUUCAAGUCUGUAUGACAGAUUAGUGAGAGAAGGAAAAAUAAAAUCCGAUAAUUUUCAGUUGUCUGUUGUCAGACAAAUUGACAGCUUAUGUAAAGACUUGAAUGAAGCUAAAAACAAUAAUUGGAUGCAUACCUUUUUUCAUGGUAAAAAGGCACAUAAAGGUCUUUAUCUGUACGGUCCUGUGGGCUGUGGGAAAACAAUGUUAAUGGAUAUGUUCUACCAGUGCUGUGAUUUUGAGUACAAGUGGAGAACUCACUUCCAUUCUUUCAUGUUUGAAGCUCACGGAAGAAUACACGAUGUUCGUUCAGCAGCUCCAAGAAAUAAUAAGCCAUUUGAUCCUAUCCCACCAGUGGCAAAAGGUAUCAUAGACAGAUACAAGCUGUUGUGCUUCGAUGAGUUUCAGGUAACAGAUAUUGCAGAUGCAAUGAUAUUGAAACGCUUAUUCGAGAAUCUAUUCAACUUUGGUGCUGUUGUUGUAGCCACAUCGAAUCGCUCUCCAGACGAUCUGUACAAAAACGGAUUACAACGUGUCAAUUUCCUACCAUUUAUUGAUCUUCUUAAAGAAAAGUGUCAUAUUAUCAAUCUAGAUUCUGGUCAUGAUUAUCGGUCACAAAUGAGUGCAGCGGCAAAUAGCGAUUCAAAUCUUAACUUAUACCUAGA